CGGGGAGAGGACGUGAGCGCCGGCCGCGGCCUGCGAGCAUCAUGCAGAAGGGCAUCCGGCUCAACGACGGCCACGUCGCUUCUCUGGGGCUGCUGGCACGCAAGGACGGCACGCGCAAGGGCUACCUGAGCAAGCGGAGCGCGGACAACACGAAAUGGCAGACCAAGUGGUUCGCGCUGCUGCAGAACCUGCUUUUCUACUUCGAGAGCGACUCGAGCUCUCGGCCCUCGGGGCUGUACCUGCUGGAAGGUUGCGUGUGCGACCGCGCGCCCUCGCCCAAGCCGGCGCCCUCGGCCAAGGAGCCGCUGGAGAAGCAGCAUUACUUUACAGUGAACUUCACCCACGAGAACCAGAAAGCUUUGGAGCUGAGGACAGAGGAUGCAAAGGACUGUGACGAGUGGGUGGCAGCCAUCGCCCAUGCCAGCUACCGUACCCUGGCCACGGAGCACGAGGCACUGAUGCAGAAGUACCUGCACCUCCUACAGAUCGUGGAGACAGAAAAGACGGUGGCCAAGCAGCUGCGGCAGCAGAUUGAAGAUGGGGAGGUCGAGAUUGAGCGGCUAAAGGCAGAGAUCACUUCCCUGCUGAAGGACAAUGAGCGCAUCCAGUCCACCCAGACUGUCACCCCCAACGAUGAUGACAGUGACAUCAAGAAGAUUAAGAAGGUGCAGAGCUUCCUGCGGGGCUGGCUGUGCCGGCGGAAGUGGAAGACCAUCAUCCAGGACUAUAUCCGCUCGCCUCACGCUGACAGCAUGCGCAAGAGGAACCAGGUGGUCUUCAGCAUGCUGGAGGCUGAGGCUGAGUAUGUUCAGCAGCUGCACAUCCUUGUCAACAACUUCCUGCGCCCACUGCGCAUGGCAGCCAGCUCCAAGAAGCCUCCCAUCACGCAUGAUGAUGUCAGCAGCAUCUUCCUGAACAGUGAAACCAUCAUGUUUCUGCACCAGAUCUUCUACCAGGGACUGAAGGCCCGCAUCUCCAGCUGGCCCACGCUGGUCCUGGCGGACCUCUUCGACAUCCUGCUGCCCAUGCUUAACAUCUACCAGGAGUUUGUGCGGAACCACCAGUACAGCCUCCAGAUCCUGGCCCACUGCAAGCAGAACCGAGACUUCGACAAGCUGCUGAAGCACUACGAAGCCAAGCCUGACUGUGAGGAGCGUACCCUGGAGACCUUCCUCACCUACCCCAUGUUCCAGAUUCCCAGGUACAUCCUGACACUGCAUGAGCUGCUGGCCCACACACCCCACGAGCACGUGGAGCGCAACAGCCUGGACUACGCCAAGUCUAAACUAGAAGAGCUGUCCAGGGUAAUGCACGAUGAGGUCAGUGAGACAGAGAACAUCCGGAAGAACCUGGCCAUCGAGCGCAUGAUCAUCGAAGGCUGUGAGAUCCUCCUGGACACCAGCCAGACCUUCGUUAGACAAGGUUCCCUCAUCCAGGUGCCCAUGUCAGAGAAGGGCAAAAUCACCAGGGGCCGCCUGGGCUCACUGUCCUUGAGGAAAGAGGGCGAGCGUCAGUGCUUCCUGUUCUCCAAGCACCUCAUCAUCUGCACCCGUGGUUCUGGGGGGAAGCUGCACCUGACCAAGAAUGGAGUCAUAUCCCUCAUCGACUGCACUUUGUUGGAGGACCCGGAAAGCUCAGAGGAGGAAGCCAAAGGAUCUGGCCAAGACAUAGACCACUUGGAUUUUAAGAUCGGGGUGGAGCCCAAGGAUUCCCCACCCUUCACAGUCAUUCUGGUGGCCUCAUCCAGGCAGGAGAAAGCAGCAUGGACCAGUGACAUCAGCCAGUGUGUGGACAACAUCCGGUGCAAUGGGCUCAUGAUGAAUGCAUUUGAGGAAAACUCCAAGGUCACAGUGCCACAGAUGAUCAAAUCUGAUGCCUCCUUGUAUUGUGAUGAUGUUGACAUUCGCUUCAGCAAGACCAUGAACUCCUGCAAAGUGCUGCAGAUCCGGUAUGCCAGCGUCGAGCGGCUGCUGGAGCGGCUCACUGAUCUGCGCUUCUUGAGCAUCGACUUCCUCAACACUUUCCUGCAUUCUUACCGUGUCUUCACCUCAGCCAUUGUGGUACUGGACAAACUCAUCGCCAUCUACAGAAGGCCCAUCAGCGCCAUCCCUGCCAGGUCACUGGAGCUUCUAUUUGCUAGCGGCCAGAACAACAAACUCCUGUACGGUGAACCCCCCAAGUCUCCACGUGCCACUCGCAAGUUCUCCUCACCACCGCCGCUGUCCAUCAGCACAUCCUCCCCCAGCCGCCGGCGGAAGCUGUCCCUGAACAUCCCUAUCAUCACAGGCGGCAAGGCCCUGGAUCUGGCUGCCCUCAGCUGCAGCUCCAAUGGCUACACCAGCAUGUACUCAGUCAUGUCUCCCUUCAGCAAGGCCACACUGGACACCAGCAAGCUCUACGUGUCCAGCAAUUUCACCAGCAAGAUUCCGGACGAGGGUGACACAACUCCAGAGAGACCUGAAGAGCCCUCUGCUCCCAACAAGCAGACCUCUGAAUUCUCCGUAAGAGAAGAGUUAGAUACUGAUCAAAACCAGAGCGAUGAGGGGGAUGCGGAGACAUCACCAACGAAAUCCCCAACAACACCCAAGUCGGUCAAAAGCAAAAAUUCUUCAGAGUUUCCGCUGUUCUCCUACAACAAUGGAGUUGUGAUGACCUCUUGUCGCGAGCUGGACAGUAACCGCAGUGCCCUGUCAGCCACCUCUGCCUUUGCCAUAGCAACUGCAGGGGCCAACGAGGGCACCCCAAACAAAGAGAAGUACCGGAGGAUGUCCUUAGCCAGCGUAGGCUUCCCUCCUGACCAGAGGAAUGGGGACAAGGAGUUUGUGAUCCGCAGAGCAGCCACCAACCGCGUGCUGAAUGUGCUCCGCCACUGGGUCUCCAAGCAUGCUCAGGACUUCGAGACCAACAGUGAGCUCAAGUGCAAGGUGAUCAGCUUCCUGGAGGGGGUCAUGCAUGACCCCGAGCUCCUGACACAGGAACGGAAGGCUGCAGCCAACAUUAUCAGGACUCUGACCCAGGAGGACCCUGGCGACAACCAGAUCACGCUGGAGGAGAUCACACAGAUGGCAGAAGGCAUGAAGCCGGAGCCCUUUGAGAACCACUCAGCCCUGGAAAUUGCAGAGCAACUGACCCUGCUGGACCACCUGGUCUUCAAGAAGAUUCCUUACGAGGAGUUCUUUGGACAGGGUUGGAUGAAGCUGGAGAAGAACGAGAGGACCCCCUACAUCAUGAAGACCACCAAGCACUUCAACGAUAUCAGCAACUUGAUUGCUUCUGAAAUCAUCCGUAACGAGGACAUCGGUGCCCGGGCCAGCGCCAUCGAGAAGUGGGUGGCUGUGGCCGACAUCUGCCGCUGCCUGCACAACUACAACGCUGUGCUGGAGAUCACCUCCUCCAUGAACCGCAGCGCCAUCUUCCGGCUCAAGAAGACGUGGCUCAAAGUCUCUAAGCAGACAAAGGCCUUGAUUGAUAAGCUCCAAAAGCUUGUGUCAUCAGAGGGCAGAUUUAAGAAUCUCAGAGAAGCUCUGAAAAACUGUGACCCGCCCUGUGUCCCUUACCUGGGAAUGUACCUCACUGACCUGGCCUUCAUCGAGGAGGGGACACCAAACUACACAGAGGAUGGCCUGGUCAACUUCUCCAAGAUGAGGAUGAUAUCCCACAUUAUCCGAGAGAUACGCCAGUUCCAGCAAACUGCCUAUAAAAUCGAGCACCAAGCAAAGGUAACCCAGUAUCUACUGGACCAGUCUUCUGUGAUGGACGAAGAGAGCCUCUAUGAGUCUUCUCUCCGAAUAGAACCUAAACUCCCCACCUGAAGCUCCAGCCAGACCCAGCCCCUCGUGUGGACAUGUGCUAUAUGAUAGUGUACAUAUUUGUUUGGUUUCUCUGGAUUUUCCUCCUCAGUAUGUGCUUCUCCAAGACUACAGAUCCGUUCCUGUACUUAGGUUCCUAUAGACCUGGAAUAUGAGUUUCUGCACCAUCUCAGACUCUGACCCUGCAGUGCCUGUUUCUUCAAACACUGUCCUCCUGAUCCACCCUCCAGACCUGCGGGGAGGUGGCACCCACUGGCCGGAGUCUUCAGCUCCAGGCCUGCUUUGUCCUCUCUCCCCAGAGCCCAGGCCCUGGCCGCUC